ACUCUUCGAAAUCCUGUCACAGACAGCAUCUUGCCGAAAAACGACUUUGCUCAGAACUUCUCGGAAAAACGUAAGGAAAUCCUGAAGAUGGCUCAAGACAUCUUACUCAAGGCUCAAGCAAGAUAA